AUGCUGCAACCAUCAUCACAGUCAAAUCAUUUUCCACUUCCCGUCCCGAAUAAAACAAAACGGAAGAGAAUUUUCAACGAAAAAACGGGACAUUUACUUCAUGAACAGCACAAUGGAAAACAUGGCUCCGGGUGGUACAAUCGCAACGAGCAUGAUGGGCGCAUUAUCAAUGAGGCUUCUCAUGUGGCCAUCCGAAAUGGGUUGAAUACUGUUAGCAAUAAUAUCGCUCCGAACAACAACAAUCAAGAAGAACAAGCUCACUUGGAUCAUCACAAAAAUUCAACUAUGGAACAACCUCCUUGUGCACUUGUUUCCUACUUUUCUUUGGACUCGAUAUGUGAGAGUUUUAAUAUUCCUAUGAACGUCAUUGGACGCUUCCUGAGAUCGGAAGAGGUGAAAACCAUCAUUUCAUGUAAUUUACAAACUCAUAGAUUGAAAAUAUUGUGGAUGGCUCUGCUUAAUCUCAUGUCUAGAUUGUAUAUUACGGUUUCAACAGUGCAAGAAAAUUCAGGAAAUCCCAUCACUUCCUCCACCCUAAGAAUGUAUCCAACACCGACUGCUAAUGUUUAUAUAUCCCCUUGUAUUGCCCUCGUCAAAUGCAUGGCAAAACAAUUGUACAGACAAAUUAUAGAGAUUACCCAUGAAAUUGAGAGCAUAAUGGAGAGAUUGACCGAAUUCAACAAGUUACUUUCAAACUUUUCCGAAACCAAUCACUUCCUCAUAUCUCAAUUGGUUCGAUAUUGUGUGGCUCUAGAGGGUGCUGGCUCUUCCAACAACACCACGACCCGUCAAUCUUCUCAUAAUAUGAAAACGACACUCAUUAAGGAAAGAGAAUUUGUUUCACAUUUUCAGAAAAUACUCAUCAAGAGACUAGGAUUGAUAUUGAAUGGACUAGAUUUAUCCAGGUUGUCGCAACAAAAGACUACACCUCACUCCAAGCGUAGUUUUAUCAUGCAAAUAGACAAUUUACAAGCAGAAGAUUUGUUUGAUCUCACUGCUUCUAUUCAAGAUGUUGCCCUGAAAUAUGGCAUUGCAACCAAGAUGACGACAAAUCUCGAAAAACCAAGCGACCUCAAACAAACCACAACAGAAGCUUCAAUGUGUAAAUUGAAAAAUAAUGAGCGUGUCACUGACCUAACGACUAAUCAUAACAAGCCAACAACAACUACAGAAGGUGAUGACAACCAUCGUACGACGCCCUCAGAUGGAAUGAGUAAAUCAAGGACGACUAUUACAAAUACUGAUGGAGAGCUUAAGAAGUCUGCCAAUGAUGAUUACAGGAAGAACGAUCAUGAAAUGGAUCUAAGCGGUGACAGCUUCAAUAAGGUAGAUGAAGAGACAAAUGAAAAGCAUGACGAUAUUUAUGCGGCCAAAAAAACUGAUAAUGCCAAGAGUCACAACUUGGUUUAUAGUGACGACGACGAAAAACAUCAUGAAAAUAACAACUCAGGAGAAUCAAUCCACCAACGUUUUCCACCAUUCGGUGACAUUGAGCAGCAUGAACCAAUGAUUUCUUCGAGUCCUCCUCUUUGCACUCCAUCCACUCCUUUGAACACUAAUCGACCCUUAAUAACUUCGGAUGACCUCUCAGCAACUCCUAUACCAAAAUCAAGCCAAAUGAUACGAGCUACCACAAGCAGCUCAAAAGCUAGUGAUGAUAUUGAUUUAUCUGAGACUGGAGAUUUAUUGCCUGAAGACACCUUAUUGUUACUAAAGAAUUCAAACAACACUCCUGUACUCUCUGCAAAGAAGAGCAAGACCAAGGAUGCAUCCCUACCGUCCACCACAAAACAAGCAUCCACUCAACAAGUCUCGAAUGGUGCGACUCGAAAUCAAGCAACGAAACGAAAAAGUGCACCUCCAACCUCUUUCAGCAAUGGUGAUGACAGCGAGGAAGAUGACGUACCUCUGGUAUCCAUGAUUUCAUCCAAGGCCAUCACACAAAAACAUGUUGGUAAAACUCCACAACAAUUGGUCAAAUCUAACAACAAAUCAAAAUCACCACAACAACACGACGAGAAGCAUGAUCUUGGGCAUUUGAAUGAUGAUGGAGACGAUGAGGAUUCUUUCAAUAAUGAUCAUAGUAAUGAGAACCAGAAUGACGACUUGUUUGAUGAUCAUAAUGACUUUGAUCAGCCUUAA